AUGGCGUCCUUCCAAGUCCCAUUCUCGACGAAUUCGUCGUUUUCGGAAUUGCCACCUAUUUCCCAUUGCCAUCGUUUCUGGGUUAGAUACGAGAGCGGCCAGGUUCACGCCAUGUGCCCUGCCGUUUCUUGCGACGAUACCAGCAAUACUGGCAGCCUUGCUAUUGCUUAG